AUGGACCCUGAGACCUGCCCCUGUCCUACUGGAGGUUCCUGCACCUGCUCGGACAAAUGCAAGUGCAAGGGCUGCAAAUGCACCAACUGCAAGAAGAGCUGCUGCUCCUGCUGCCCUGCAGGAUGUGAGAAGUGUGCCAAGGACUGUGUGUGCAAAGGUGAAGAGGGGGCCAAGGCAGAGGCGGAGAAAUGCAGCUGCUGCCAGUGA